AUGAAUUCAACGGAUAGUCAAAUUCAUAUAACAGAUAUGGAUUCGCAAGCAUUAGCUCCAACUGAUAAAACGAUAAUUGCGUUAGAUACAGAACAAAAUUCUAGUACGAUUAUUCACUACAAUAAUGUCAACUACGCUGAUAAAAGAAAUGAAGAUUCUCAUCCUUCACAACAUUAUGCGUUUGUCCAUCCAGCUUUAAGCCACUCUUUACAUGAUGACUAUUAUUCUGAUUACACUCGAAUGAAUAUACAUCAUCAAAAUACAUUGCAUAAAGAGCAUCCAUCCUGGGCCAUGGAUGAUCCUAACUGCGAUACUACUUCCUAUAAUAAUUCGAGGAAUAAGUCAUCUCUUUUUAAAAAUGUGGAUCGAACACCUUUAUUUGACUUUGGAGCGUCACAUCCAUAUUGUUACAGGAUCCCAAGUCCUACUCCAUCAAUAAUUAAACGAGAAAGAGACGCCGCUAAUGAAGUGACAAAUUGGCAAUCAUAUCAAGAGCGCUGGUUUGCUGAUCCAAUAUAUACUUCAAUGAAACUGCAAUCCAAUAACAACCAACAUCUGUCACAUUCACCUUACCCUGAUUCCACUUCGCACUUAACCUCGGCAUCUAGCUCUCAAAUUGUUUCUGAUACAAGUAGUACUUCUUCAUAUUCUCAAUCAUUUGGAUAUCGUCAUCAAGAUUCAUCAACUGUAGUAUCGUCCACAGAUUCAGAAUAUCCAACAAUUGCUUCUUCUCCAUCUAGUUUGAAUCAAAUACAUAAUGGAAUUGGUUUACAUCAGAGACGUGGCUCCCUGCAAUUGUGGCAAUUUUUAGUGGCUUUAUUGGAUGAACCAUCUCAAAGCGCUGGAUGCAUUGCUUGGACUGGUCGUGGAAUGGAGUUCAAAUUAGUGGAGCCUGAGGAAGUGGCACGUAGAUGGGGUAUUCAAAAAAAUCGUCCAGCAAUGAAUUACGAUAAGUUGUCUCGUAGUCUGCGGUACUACUAUGAAAAAGGAAUUAUGCAAAAAGUAGCAGAAUUUGUCUGUGAUCCUGAAGCACUUUUCAAUAUGGCAUAUGGAACCUCCGGCGAAACACAUAUGCCUCAUAAUAGUGGCCAUGGAUCUUACAUAAAAGGAUCGUCUUCCAAUAAUUCUUUGAACAGCAGCUUGAAUAACGGUUCAACUCAAGAAGAGGGAAACACAAACAAUUAUUACACCAAUGUUUAUGAAAGUAAUUAUGUUAAGUAAAUUUUGAAUGUUUAUUGUUGCUUGGAAUUACUAAAUCCAAAUAAGGCAUUUAUUAAGACCAUUAAAAUUAGUUUCUAGCUUUCUGUCCUUAA